AGUCAUGCUGUGUGCCUCAGCGGAGUCACGUCGCGACAACCAAUUUUACGGGAGAAAAUCGUACCGUGACUAUUCGUCAAGAAAAUAUAUGUCACCAAAUACGAAACGCGAAAACAAUACGUUAUAACGACGCGCUAGAUACUGUGAUACGAGUAGUAUUGAUAUAGUUAGCUAAUACUGAAAUAGUUAGCUAAUACUGAAAUUUAUUUUAGAUAUACACAAAAUUUUAAAAUACGUUGAGUGAAGUGUUUUGAUAUUUUUUUUGUGUGCUCAUAAUUCUUGUGAUAUACCGCAUUUGUAUCUAAAGACUGGAUUUCUUUUAGAUAACAAAGUGUCAUCGUACGAAGAGAGUAAUGGUAGCGAGGAACUGCAAGGGGAUUUGACGAGUUUUAAAUUCGUUAACCAGAUUGCGGCGGCGGUUCCGCCGACGUUAGCGACAGCGGUGUCAGCGGGCAGCCCCCGCCGCGUGGAUGGUGGCGGGCGAGUGGGGCUAUGCGCCGGCGCCGGCCGCCCCCGCCAUGAAUGCCUUCUUAGAAACCAAUGCACACCUCGCCUCUUAUGGCCUGAAGAUGUCACCGGACCCCGCGUGUGGCGUCGGACCCCAACACCGAGCUGCCGCACCACAUCCACCCCCGCACCACCCUCCGCAUUACCAGCCGUACCCUCUACACUCCUACCAAUCCGGUUACCUAAGAGAAUACGGCGGCUGCGGCGAACUCUUCCCUCAACAACCUCUCGAACAGAGCUGGGAUUGGCGGGGAGACGUGCACUAUCAAGGUGGCGCCCCACCCCUAGUUCCUCAUGCGCACGCGCAUGCACCUCAUGCGUUCCUACGCUACGUGAGAGCACCGCCGCGGCGCGACAUGCGUUGCCAGUGGCUCGAUCCGGAACAACCACCGCCCAGGAAGCUGUGCAAUAAACUAUUCUCGAGCAUGCACGAAAUCGUCACUCAUCUAACAGUUGAGCACGUGGGAGGACCAGAAUGCACGACACACGCUUGCUUUUGGCAGGGCUGUUCGAGAAACGGAAGGCCUUUUAAAGCGAAAUACAAACUAGUGAACCAUAUACGCGUUCAUACUGGAGAGAAACCCUUCCCUUGCCCGUUUCCAGGCUGCGGAAAAGUAUUCGCUAGAUCAGAAAACCUCAAAAUCCACAAGCGAACACACACCGGUGAGAAACCAUUCAAAUGCGAGUACGCAGGUUGCGACCGGCGUUUCGCCAACUCAUCGGACAGGAAGAAGCAUUCACACGUCCACACUUCAGACAAACCGUACAAUUGUCGCGUGCACGGUUGCGACAAAUCGUACACGCACCCGUCGUCGCUUCGCAAACACAUGAAGGUCCACGGCGCUGCAGGCGACGCGUCCCCCCGUUACGACAGCGACGGCGACGACUCCUCCUCUGCCGGCAGCGUCAGCGUCACCGCCGGCGCUUCCAGUCCCGCCGCGCCGUUGCCGCCCCCACCCGCCCCCGCAGCGGCCCCGCCCCCGCACCAUCACCACCAUCCUUCGAUAACCGACAAACUAGAAAGCCUCAACGACAAAUACCUCAGCCCGCACGAUCAGAAACCUUACGAGCGACCACCGGCGCCGCCGCAUCAACACCAACCACAUCUAACUAAUAUAGGAAGCAACGGGGUCAUGGACAACAAACUCGGGUUCGGUGGUCAUUGGACGCAAUUUCAACAACCAGCCCCGACGGUACCACACGGGGUGCCUGAUUGGUGGUGUCCAUCCCAAGAGUCUUAUCACCAUCACCACUUGAUGCACCACUCGGGUGCCGCCGCUGCGUACUGACCGCAUCGCGCUUAGGGAACCUUUCAUUCCACGAUAAGCAACACUCCGAUAUUGCUCACCAAUUAAUAUUUUAGGUUUUGCCGUAGAAUGAAAAGUUCACUAAAGCGCGUACGGUUCAGUGCUUUAAGUAAGUUACGCUUAUUUAUAUUUAUUAGUCCGUAUGUAAUAUGACCAUCCUAUACAGACAACAGCCGUCCUAAAGUUUUAAUUAAUGAAUCCUACUGAAUGUCACUAGAUAAUUAUUUGAAAGAUACAAUGUAGAGCUUACAAAAGGGUUAGGUAUAUUCUAUAUUGUCAGCUUGUUGUUUACGACAUGCUUUAGACAACGAAUUGACCACUUGUUAAACGUUCAUGGUGUAAUAUUUGGUAAGCAUCCUUAAGCGCACAAAGUUUUGUUGGAAUUUGUCUUUUAAUUUGGUGAAAACGUCUACGGGUAUUGUCCGUUAGGAUUCUUUACAACCUUUGUGAUGUCUUGGGACACCAACAAUGUACAGAGUAGAUUUUUGUCAACAGCAUUGUUGAUAGUGAUUUAUUACAGCCUUUAUUUAGUGUAAGCACUCAUGUACAAACAAUUGUAUUGUUGUGUAAUAGAAUUUCUAUAUGAAAUAAAAGAAUAUAUUCUUACAAUGCGAAACUUACGAAAGUUGUGUGAAAAUUAACGAGAUAUAUCGCAAACAGUUAUUAUUUGGAAGGUUACUAAUUUCCUCGCUUAGUAACGUUGUGAAGUUCGAAAUGAAGCCUUAUUAUAUUUAUCAGCAUGGCCAAAGCACCGAAGUCUAAUAAAACUACAAUUUAUAGGUUGUAAAAGUGUAAAAUAAUAAAUAAUCUUAAGAUACAUUAUUAAAUAAGCUCGUGUAAGUAUAAAUAAAUUAUAAAUGCCCAGUGAUAAUAGUAAUAAGCGAUUGAUUUUAUUGUAAAUUACUUGUGUAGUUGCUAUAAUAGAGUAUUGUGCUAACUAAGCCUGGAUUUAUGAUUACAUCGCUAUAUGUAUAUGUUAAAAGUAUAUACUAUUUUUUCACGAACGAACAUUUUAUGAGAGAUAAAUAGCUGCGUCUUAUUAUUGUAAAUAAACGACUGAAAGAGCACGAUGUAUUUUAAGUUAUUUUAAGAACAAAUUGUUGUCUUUUCUACAGCCCUGUAAAUAGC